AGAACUAAAAGCGAACAGCGGAGAAGUGAUAAAAAUCUCAUCGUGGAAAAAGAAGAAAUAAUGGAUAAGACAACAAAAAACACGGUAAUGUACAACAGUCAAUUUCGAUGUUAAGUCGAUGACUUUGCUCUACCUCUAAGGUUAGGAAAUUAUAAGACAAGAAAGCCGCCAAUUGAUAAUUCUCUUUCACUUUCGAAAGUCAUACGAAAACGAACACCAUUCAAAGUUUAAGAAUUCCCGAGAAAACACAUGGAAUAUGACUCAUAAGGGUUUCGGUUUCUUUGAAAUAUCAUUCCCUUGUAGAAAUGGAUCAUUUGUUGUAGGUUUAAUUUGUUAUGAUUAUGUUAUUAACAUACUUGUAGCUCUACUAUACGGAACCGGCAGUGAGACUUCGGAAGCAAAUGGCGCUCUGGAAGUGGAAGUGCGUCUUUGUAACCGAAUGUUUCACUUUUUUCAGAAUCUAUUCCAUGGUACAUGCCAAUGUACCGAGGGUCCAGCACUUGGUGACGGAGGAACACUCUGCCAGCGUUGUGGAAAUAUGGCUUAUGAAAGUGAAGAAAAUUUGAUGAGCAAUUUGCAGUUCGAACAUGCUAGGGAAAUCGAUAGUUCCGCUACGACCGUUUAUCAUUCACAAGUGCUUGUAAGCGGCUUACCAUCUCUACCUGCCGAGUCAGACCCGUCUGGCGAGGGUAACAACUGUGCGAUUGGCGAAGGAGUUAAUGUUUCGGAUCAACAUGGUCACUCAUCUGCGGAAAAGAGUCCCGUCCACAGUAAGUCACGAAUGAACGAAUAACAACAUUCCCCGAGACUGGCAAGAUUUAUUAACUUUAAAAAUCUCAAAACAUCUCUGAAUGAAUUCGUUACAAUAUCAUGAGAGGCAACGAUAAGCGUGGUGAUAAGAAUAAUAACAAUGGUAUUGCGUUUUCCCCAUAGAAGCAUUUGAACAAAUGUCGAGCUCGAAAUAAUACACAUUCAAUAUAUUUACCUUGCACUUACCUGGGAGUGAUGUGGUAGUUACGUCGAUGCUACUGUUCCUCUAAAAUGUUCAGUCUGUCGUAAAAAAAAGACUAUUAAAAUGUACAUUCGUAAUUACGUGAAAUGCUUAAAGCUAUUCGUCCUUCAUUUCGAGGAGCAAAAGCCGGUUUUUUAGUGCCUAAGUUGACGGAAUAUUUCUGGAAUACAUCUUUGGUUUAUUUUAUUUUAGAUGAGGGUAAGAUCAUAUAGGUGAGGUCUACACUGUCAAUAUUGUGCCAAGAGCUAUGCUAAAUUCCUUUACCUGCCAUGGUCAGCUCUCAAUAUCUUUUCUACAGGUCAUAUAGGUUCAUCAGUACAAGUACCAUGCAAAGGAACGAAAUUCACCUUCUUCAUCUUAGUUCAAGACCAUCCUGAAAUAAACGAACAAUGGUUCGGGGUACACUUUGUGCCUACAGAACGUUUUGAGCAGGUAGGAUCGAUCAUUGUUUCCAUGAUAAUGUGAUAACAUUAAUUUAACGCGUUUUCCUUUCUUUGACCAGCUUAUCUUACUGGCUUCUCGGGAAAAUCGUAGACUUGUUUACACCUACACUUGAGGUUUCAGGUAUAACACUGAGAUACCAUGCAAGGGUCACCAUUAAAUGAGAUAUCAAGCCUCGAGAAUACAGCGGACUGUCCUCGACUAUCGGUUGCUGCAAAUUUGUGACCCUAAUGUGUUUAACUCCAAAUUUAUCAUGAAUAUUUCAAAACCAAUACAAUGUAAUUACUUCGUAAAAAUAAUUCCGUGAUCACCAUUUACUGAUUUAGUAUUUCUAAGUAAGUAAAUACUUUUCUUUCCAUUUUAGGGACGAAUUUCUAACCUGAUUAAGACAAUGCAGGAUCAACAAGGCAUCAGGAUAGUCUGUAUGGGGGAUGAAUAUUUAUCCCAGGUCGAAAGUGGAUAUUUUCACACUGUGUUUAUCGACACCGAUGUACAUUCUACGAUCACUUUUGAGUUGGUGAAGGAAAUAAAAUUUAGAAUAAGGGAUGUUCAAACAGCUUGCGAGGUAAGACCCUGCAACUGGUGAUUGUUUUGUUACAGUUGAGGUGGGAAGAGCGAAAGAAACGGUUAACUGUAAAGGAUUUUUCAGAAAUUGUGUUGUUAUUUUGUAACUCAGUGCUAUUUACUUUGAAAAAUAUUUUUUUCCUUGGUUUGACUUAACAUAUCUGACACAUACACAACUGUUUCUAUCACAGGUUCCUUUGCACAGACUUUAUGCGCUAAGCCAGGAUAGAUUGCCUAGUGCCAUAGCCAGGGUGUUUGUAGAGUGUCUUGCUGAUAUCAAUGAAACUUGUCAAGACCAUUUGAGGAUGACUUUGAAGUAUGGGAACGUCAGUCGCCGGAUUCUUAUCCCAAUUUGGGUAAAUUUGAUCCAUUUUAUCAGCCAAUUUUCUUAAAAAUAUAUCUGCAAAUAUACUUUAGACAGUCUUUAAGAUCUGAAUUCCGAAAUAAUUUCUUUCUCUUUUCACAAAAACACAUUUCUAGGCACAAUCAGGAGCAGUAUGGCAGAAUUUAUUAAUUGAUGAAUUUUCUUCUUUUAAGUUUCGCCUCAUACAAUACAUCAAUUCGCAUGACUGCUUUUACCCUAACAAUGUAUUAUGAGAAAAAUUAAUUUUAUUUCAUUCUAUUUCAGUCUUUACGUCGAAUUUGAGUCUGAUCUGGUGAGUAAAAAUGUCUAAACAGGGGCCGAUAGACAGUUAACUGAAGUUUAUUGGGUUACAUGUUCAACUGGAACAUGUGGGGUGGAGAGAAAAGAUGAGUCGAGUCAUGGCUGACAUUUUUUCCCUAAAGGAUCUACUCUAAAGGCUAUUUAGUAAGAAGGAAGCUUGAUAACGUUGCUUACAGGUCACCUAACAAGGAUUAUGAAUUGUACUACAAAUUGGUUUACAGUGUUAAGACCUGACCUCCAAUCUUGCCAGGUACUAAAUGUUACAAAAAGAGAUAAGGUGUCUCCAACGUCUCAGUCACCAGACGUCUGAAAACAAACCUUAAGUGCAAAACAAAAUAACUGUUUUAAUUCCGGAAAUCAUCCUUUCUUUUCGGUACAUGUUGUACUUCAAUUUUACUCUUGGCUUAACUUUCUUUUUCCUGUUUUGGAUUAUGUUAGCCGAUAUGAUAAUAAGCUCGAAACAAAGGAAAGUAUAACCACAACACAUUCAUUUUUUGUGUAUUUUCAUAUUUAGCCAACACCUGUGGAGAAUAGGAAGACCCAAUAACCUAACGAAUGAACACACAAUCGACAUUGGUUACCUCACUCUGUUAUCACUGGAACCAUUUUGUGCUAACGUUUAGUAAAAGCAAACUAGCUUUCCAUCAAGGUGGUUAUCCUGUUAGGAGUUAUUAUACCUUUCCCCGUUGUCAAAUUUUGACUACAAUAAUGGGUUGCAGUAAAUGAAAGCUCUUUAGAAAGCAACAUUCCUACUAAACUCCAUGUGCUUCGUUUCCUUAAUAAAAGGAUUGUCUUAAGAGACACUCACUGACGUGGGAAAGGUAUAAUAAUAAUUAAUGGUGUUUAGCUAUUUCUUUCUCCUGUUACACAUCAGUGCUGUACGUAGAAUAUCUGCUGAUACAUAGUUUUUGUGCUGUGUAAGCUCUUGUGUAGAAUGGACAUAACUUGUCAGUUCAAGAGUGCACAGGAACUUAAUGAACAUGUGUAUUUUGUAGGUUUAGAUAAGGAACAUUAGAAAACAAGUUAAAGGCUAAGGCAGUUUAACUCAGGUACAGAAAAUGUUCUGUGCGUGGUAAUAAACCUUGUGUGCUUUCUCUAUAAGGUACUAACGCACACUAUUUCAGUAACUGAAGUCGAGGAAGCAAGCUUCCUGAUUAAGCGUGAGUGAAAUGUAACAUGGGUUACCUGUGAAACAUUAAUACGUGACGUCCAAAACAAAUUUCUAUCCAUUUUUGGUAGUGUUGUUAAGGACGUUUUUGCCUCGCCAUCCACGUUUUAAUAUACGCGGAAGAUGCAGGUGUCAAGAGAAUUUUGAGAUGAAAAUCUUAUCCAGUUCAUGAUAAAGAAGUUGUAAUUGUGCUUGCCUUUAGCAAGCUGAACCCGACCUUUUUUAGGAAUUCCACACCUUUCCGAACAUUUAUGGAUAGACAGUUUUAACAGAACAAUUAAACUUGUUAUGUUAUAAGGGAGAGGAACCUAGCACGUAUCGUGUUUUUCUUCCAAAAAGGAUUUUUUCCAGCAGUGCCCAGUAGUCUGAAUGAGCUUCGGCUACUAAUUGUCUUCGGGCGAAAUUUAAAAUCUAGUUUUGGAUUAGAUCUGGCCCCCCUGUGUUUAUUUUUUACCUUUGAUUAGAGACAAGUGAUUAUAAUCAUUUUGGUAUGAUAUAAACAAACCUAGCAUGCUUAGAGGGCUGUAAAGAAAUUACUUCCGUGUCUCCAAAGGCAAUGUGGAAUUCUUAAAAAAGACUCUUACUGUCAGAACAACAAAACCAAACAUAUUCGUGAGCAAGUAAAUCGUGUUACCUUUCUUGAGAAUAUUCAGUUUAUAAUAGUGAAGUUUAAGUACCGUUAAGUCACAAUAUGCAUGCUUUUAGUAAUAACGAUGAUAAUUAUAACUGGUUUUGUGAACUGACAGUUGCACAAAUAUAUGGCACACCAGUACGUGCAGUACACCUUGCCCCGCUCCCCACUAGAGGAUAGGGAACUGAUGAUGACAGCCAGUUCAUUUCUAUGAUUAACAAAUUAAUGCCAUAGAAAUGUACGGUUAUUGAUUAGCUGUGGGUCUGUGCGUGUGACAUAUAUUUGUGGCAUUGGAGAGUAUUAUGCAAAUCUAUUUUAGGUGACCAGUUUGUUACUUGUUUUCGCACGGACCUAGCCUGCGUGCAAACGAUAACUAAACUCUGAUUAGUACCGUCUGCGAAGCAGCGCAGAGAUCCUUGUUCUGGACCCCCAACGGACACAACGAAUUACCGGAAGUGCGUUUCGAAUUCCUCUUCAACCUGAUUGGCAAUCACGACAAACAAAACAAAGACCUUUUUUAACUGGCCAAUCGUGGCGCGUACUCAAAUCUGGGUACACAGCUGGAAGUCCAGAACAAGGAUUUCCACGCUGUUUCGCAGACGGAGUUAACCAGAGUUUAAUUUCGUCUGCGCGCAGGCUAGCAUGGACCUUAAUCGCUUUCAAUUUGCAUGGAAUACCGGUCAAAAUUUCCACCAUUGUGGAGGCGUUGUUAUACAGAAAAUAUAGCUGCCAAACAUUCGGUCUUGGAAGUUAUACUGGUUCUUGCUGGCGGUAGAGUAAUUUUGAGUUAAUUCCGGUAAUAACGUGGAAAAGUGGGUAAAUAUAAUUCCAUUAGAAACGACUGUCCCAUUUGAAUUCGCACCGAGCGAAAGUUUUCAGGCGUUUUUUAAAUACAAACAGGUGUCCUUUCUGCCUGUAACUGAGACGGUUUAAUUUACUCAUUUCAUGUAACUUUCACCAAUGUCUUGCUUUAGAAUUGCAAAAGUGUUGUCAUUUUCCUUUAAUUAUUCAGAGUAAAUAAUAGUAAUAAUCAUAAUAAUGGAAACUUUAUUUGUGUUUUUGAAUGUACAAUUGUAAAUCUCGCUACAUAUAGGCAAUUUACAAAUGCUGCUUGAGAUUGGAUUAUUAAAAAG